AGAGAGAGAGAGAGAGAGAGAGGAUAUGCGGCAAUGCGCGUUGGAUUCACAGGCCAAUUGCCCAACCAUCGUAACCGUUAAAAUCAAGAACUUAGAUCAAUCGACGACGAACGGAGGCUACAUCCUCCCUUAAUCAAAGUCGUCUUCUUCGUCUUCUCCUCCCUUACAUUUGCUGUUUCAAAUUUUGCGAGUCCCGACACGACAUUGUACUGUUGAUUCAAAUGAGCACGCUGACGACAGCUGCUGUCCUUGUUCUUCUUCCCUUUCCCUUCACCAAUCUCCAGAUUUAGAUGGGCCGCCGUCGCCAACGCCGCCUCUAUUCUCUCUUCUCCUCUCCGUCGAUCUCCUUUUUGUCUCUUCUCUUCCUAUUAUCAUCCUUUGCUUAUUUUUCUAAUGUCAAUGCCAAAAGUAAUGCCACCAAGGGCCAAGCUUCUGUGACGCCCAUCAAUCGCGAUCUUUAUCAUACCAGUGGGGCUUUGCUGGAAGAAAUUGAGUCGUUGGUGCAUCGACACCCAGACAAACUCUUUAUUGAAACCCUUUCUACUAAGAAUAGAGGGUAUCAUGCUGAUACAACUAUAGUUACAUAUUGCCAAGGUGGGAAAGACUGCGAUGAUAGAUCAAAAGUUAGAAUCCUCCUUACUUUUGGGCAGCAUGGGAGGGAGCUCAUAACAACCGAGCUUGCAUUACGGAUUCUUUCUAUUUUAAGCGAUGAAGAAUUCUUACCAAAGCAAUACCCACUUACACUUAAUAAUACUUUGGACAAACUUGUUAUUAAGAUUGUUCCAAUGGAAAAUGUGAAUGGGCGCAAACUUGUAGAGGAGGGGGAGCUUUGUGAAAGAAGAAAUGGAAGAGGAGUUGAUCUCAAUCGGAAUUGGAGUGUAGAUUGGGGCAAAAAAGAGAAGGAUUAUGAUCCAUAUGAAGAGAAUCCUGGGACUGCUCCCUUUAGUGAGCCUGAGACUCAGUUAAUGCGGAAAUUAUCUACAUCAUUUGAGCCACAUGUAUGGGUUAAUGUGCAUUCCGGAAUGGAGGCUCUAUUUAUGCCAUAUGAUCACAAGAACACAACUCCUGAUGGAUUUCUCUCCCAGAGGAUGAGAAUGGUGCUUGAAAAGCUGAAUCAUUUCCACUUGAAUGACCGUUGCUUAGUUGGAUCUGGUGGAGGGUCUGUAGGGUAUCUAGCUCACGGUACAGCAACGGAUUACAUGUAUGACAUUGUGAGGGUGCCUAUGGCUUUCACAUUUGAGAUCUACGGAGAUCCUGAUGCCUCAUCAAAGGACUGCUUUAAGAUGUUCAAUCCCACUAGCAUGACCACUUUCAAUAAAGUUCUGAAUGAAUGGUCUGCUGUAUUCUUUACAAUGUUCAGUAUCAGUGCACACCAGAUUGAUGAGUUUCAUUCGAACGCUUCAGCAUCUAGCAGUUUCGAGAAGUGGGUUUCCAUUGAUGACUACUUGAAUGGUUAUUUGAUGGAGAGAAGAAGUAGGUACGGGAAAAAGAUGGAAGUGCUUGAACUGGGAAUGCAAGAAAUCAGAACAUAUUUUAGGUUGUUCUUGCUGUCCUCAGUGCUACUACUGUUUAUGUUUUGUUCUAGGAUCUCAAAGAGCAGUAGGCAGAUUGUGUCUGCUAUGCCCUUUUGAUAGCCAUAAAGAAAAUAGUUUUAGGAGAUUCUUGGAAAAACGAGAUAGGGAAAAUUAAACAUUCCAGUGUGUAAUUUAUUGCCUUUUUGUUUUUUGAGUUACAAUUGCCUUUCCAGGUUUGGAGAUUUGUAGUACAAGUGAUAAUUGUGAUUCAUGAAAACCUUAGCUGUGUAUUCGCCACAUUAUUAUUAUUAUUUUUAUUUAUCAAAGUUUG